CGUCUUCAUACACUUCUGUCAGACGAUCCCUCGUCUGUUGGACCUCGAGUUACCCCGGACCUUGUGGAACAAUUACGACUAGAACUUGCUCAGUAUAGACAAGGUUAUGAACAGUCCAAAAAGCUUCUUGAAUCUGAAUCACGAAGAGCUGAAGUCAAAGAGCGCCAGAUAGCUGAAUUAAAAAACCUGCAUCAAGAUAAAAUAUGUCAACAGGAGGCUGCUCUGCUGACUAUACAACGUGUCCUUGCAGAGCGGGAUCAAGAAGUAGCCGGGCUGAAGGAACGCCUAUGUCAACUUAGCCACCAGAAACAAGACCUUCUGUCUGAUCUUCUGGAAACCCGCAGCCGAUGGAAUCGCCUCUCAGCUGCAUGGCUUUCUUCCGCAGGCCGAUUACGUUUCCGCCUUCAUCGGCAGCUUUCUGUGGCUGUAUCCGAGCUGACUCGACUGACUGAUCUAGUUGCUCAAUUUGGCGGCGAUGGACAAGUUAAUAAGAGAUUUAAUAUCUCUGAGCUUUUGCGUCCUCUGUCUUCACCCAGUUCUACAGAGGCUGAAGAUGAACUAGGUUGGUAG